AUGUUUGGCGACACGGUUCCUAAACUUGCAGUCCUGAUUGAUGCGGACAAUGCACAGUUCUCUAGCAUCCAUCUUCUUCUCUCAGAAAUCGCAAAAUAUGGAACAGCUCACGCUAAACGGGCUUAUGGAGACUGGAGUAGUCCAUAUCUAAAGGGCUGGAAGGACCAGCUUCUUGAGCAAUCGAUCCAACCAAUCCAGCAGUUCGCGUAUACAUGUGGCAAGAAUGCGACAGACUCAGCUAUGAUUAUCGACGCGAUGGAUCUUUUAUACUCUAGCCGGUAUGAUGGGUUCUGUCUUGUGUCUAGCGAUAGUGACUUCACCCGGCUAGCCGCUCGUAUCCGCGAGUCUGGACUCAUUGUGUUCGGACUCGGCAAGCAGAAAACGCCUAAACCUUUCGUCGCUGCCUGCGAUAAAUUCAUCUACACCGAAAACCUUGUAGACCUUGAUCAGCUUGUGCCGCAUGCUACGAAUCCUCCGCUUGUCAAACAGGCUAAAAAAGACACAAAGUUGGAGGACAAAUUGCGAACAACGGUGGAAGCGGCCUCUAAGGACGACGGAUGGGUUAAACUGUUUGAAGUCAGUCACCUCCUCACAAAAAAUCAGCCUGACUUUGACCCUCGUACCUAUGGAUACCACAAGCUCAGUGAUUUAGUCGCCGACAUAUCCUUUUUUGAAACCAGUAAAAGGCGCCCUGGAGAAGGCUUACAGACGAUAACUUAUAUACGCGAUAAGCGACGGAAGCCUAUGAGUUCUGAUAAGUAG